AUGAAUAAUGCUGCUAAGAACAUUAAAGCAUUUGAAGAUAUUCGAAGCCUCCAUAAGAAAUAUGGAGACAUAGUUCGAGUUGGCCCGCGCGAGCUCUCCAUCAAUCGCCCGUCUGCUAUCAGUGUUAUUUACGAACCCCCUACACGAACAACAAGAUCGCCAUGGUAUGCACAGGUCUCAAACGAUGUUACCAAAAUUUCCCUAAAUUCCACUCGGGUUCUCAAAGUACAUAAGCUUCGCAAGAAGGUCUGGGAAAGAGGUCUUAGUUUCCGAGCUCUGGCUGUUUAUGCACCACGAAUACAGGCUAAAGUAGAUCUUCUGCUAUCAAAAAUUGCUAACCAUUGUGGCCGCCCAAUUGACAUGACAGAAUACGCUAUGUUUUUUGGCUUCGACGUGAUGGGUGAUAUCGGAUUUUCCAAAGAUUUCCAUAUGCUAGAGCUGGAAAGUGAGCAUCUCGCUAUCAAGGGCGUUCAUGAGAGCAUGCUGGCCAUCGGUGUUCUAGGCACAGUACCGUGGCUACUGUCCAUGAUAUCUAAGGUGCCUGGUGCAGCAGCAAGCUUUUCUCGAUUUACUACAUGGUGCCAUCGGGAACUGCAGAAAAAGCGUGAGGAUCAAGAUCCGCGAGAUAUAAUAUCCUGGCUGUUGAAAGCCCUCAGCGAAGGUGAUCCUUCUGCCCCACCUGGUGAAAUAGCAAUCCAAGAAGACGCUCGCCUCUUGAUUAUAGCUGGAAGUGACACAACCAGCGCCGCUCUUUCAAAUGCGCUCUAUUAUCUCGCCAGCAACCCGAAUAGCUAUCAGCGUCUUCAAGCGGCGAUUAAAGAAGAAUUCCCUGGGGGCAUCAAUGAUUGGACAUAUGAUAAAAAUAUCCCAUAUCUAGACUACGUCAUUCAGGAGACAUUGAGACUAAAGCCCUCCGUCCCAGGCGGCUUGCCUCGUGUCACGCCCCCACAAGGCCUUAUGAUUGACGACGACUUCAUUCCGGGAGAUACAGUUAUCGCCGUCCCAACAUACACAGUACAACGUGACGCACGUUUUUGGUCAGACGCCGAUGCUUUCAAGCCCGAGAGAUGGGAGAAUCUGUCCACGGAAAAAUCCCCAUGGAUUCCGUUUACAAGAGGCCAAUGGGCAUGUCCCGGUAGAAAUCUAGCUAUGAUGGAGCUUCGCAUGGCUCUUAGCCACAUUGCACUCCGUUAUAGUAUGUCCUUUGCUCAUGCAGAUGCUAGUAAAAUCUUUGACAAUGGAGUCAUGGAUACGUUUACGUUGACACUUCCGCCGUUGCAUCUUAUCUUUACGCCUUUAUAA